UUCUUCCGCCGCUCCAUUUCAAAGCAAAGGCAAAAACCCCAACUUCCCAAGAUCCGCGGCGAUCAUGCAUCGCGGCGGUGGCGGCGGCGGCGGCCGGCGCCUCCCCAAGCCCUCCCUGGCGCCCUCCGCCGCAGCGGCCGAGAGCACCCCGUUGCUGGACCCCAGCGUCAUCCGCAACCUCGACCACGCCUUCUCCCGCCGCGACUCCGAUGCCGCCAGCCUCUGCAGCAGCCGACCCCCCUCCUCCAUCGGCGCGGGCGCCGCCGCCUCCAACUUCUCCGACCGCUCCACGCAGGCCGCCGCCCUCCGCGUCGUCAACGCCUUCCUCGCCCCCGCCGUCACCCUCCGCCCUCCCCUCCCCGCCGCCCGCGACAUCCAGGCCGCGCUCCGCCACCUCCUCGAGCGCCUCCACUUCCCCCUCAACGAGGCUGCCUUCGAGGACGACCUCCUCCACAUCCUCCGCAUGCUCGAAUGCCCCUACAAGCUCACCCGCUCCGCGCUCAAGGCUCCCGGCACCCCGCACUCAUGGCCGCCGCUCCUCUCCGUCCUCCACUGGCUCACCCUCCUCGUCCAGGUCUCCGAUGCGGCGGCCUCUCAGCCCUCCGCCGCCGCCUACAAUGAUCUCAUGCUCUACACCACCCAGAGCUACUGCCACUACUUGUCGGGUGACGACGACGAAAUCGCGGCCCUCGACGAGGUGUACGUCUCCAAAGCCCGCGCGCACGCUGAGGCGGCCGUCGAAGCCAACCGUGCUCUGGAGAAGGAGGCCCAGGAACUGGAGGCAAAGGUGAUUAAGCUCACAUCGGGCCCCUCGCGGCGGGAGGCACUGGAGGCGGAGAAGGAUGUCUUCACUGCGGACGUUCACAAGUUUGAGGCGGUGGUCAAGACUUGGGCUGCUAAGAUCAACGAGAAGGAAGAGGCUCUGAUGGAUUUGGAGAAGGAGCUGGAAGCAAAGGUGAUGGAUGGACAACGCGUUGCGGCUGAAAAUGAGGAGCUGUUGAAGAAAGUUGAGGCGCAAGCGGUGAAUAUGAGGGAUGCCAAUAGGAUGCAUAGGGAGAUGCAGGCGGUGGAGCGUGACAUUGGCACGGCGGAGAAUGGGAAGGCUGUGCUAGAGGAGAAGGGCUGGGAGCUUGAAGCUGAGCUGGUGAGGAAGUUUGAGGAACUUGAGGGGCUUGCUGAGCAGUGCAACCGGGCCCUCAGAAGGUUAAAACCUGGUAUUGAUUUCCAGUACAUGCUAAAUGUGAAAGGAUCCUCUCCUGCUGAGAUACUAGGUCUCAGUUACAAAACAGUGCUAAAACCUGCACUCAAGGCUCUUGCUGAGGAGAACAAAAGGGUCUCUGUCUCAAAGCUUAAUGAGUUAGUUGAUCUACAAAAGCAGUUUCAAGAAAAUGCUAAAAUCCUAGAGGAGAAAAGGAAUAACCUUUCCAGUCUCCUGGCUAAAACUGAUGAGAUGGUUGCUCGACUGAAUUCACUGGAUCGUGAAAUCACAAAUGAUGACUCAAGAUGCACAACUGAAGCUAGACAAAUGGAAGAUGAGUUGGAGAAGAAGGAACAUUGCUUGAGUACUGUUGAAAAGGAGGCAGCCGAUCUUUUAAAGAAUUCUGAAAAGAGGCUCCAUGAUGCAUUACGCAAAGCUGAUGAAGAAACUCAGAUGUGCUUGAACGAAUUGCUGCAACUUAUUGUUUCCUUUACCGAGUAUAAAGAGUUCAUGGAAGCAUCAGUUUCUCAGAGGAAAAAGGACCUGUAUGAAACGGCAGAUUACAUAGCCUCUUUGCCAUCCAAGAUGUCAUCAACCAGUCAAGCUUCUUGUACCUGAAUAUGAAGAAAGUUUCACAUCAAAUUGUGGAUGCCUCUUAUGAUCAUUGCUAUGUUGAGUUUGUUUGACCUGCAGAAGCUAACACAGUGUACAUAAUUCGUAGAUUAUAAAAUCACUUCGGUUUCCAA